AUGGAAAACAGUCCGCCAAAAGCUUAUCCAAUAGACCAUGGAGCAAAACCAGACAACCAUUAUGAGAGCUAUAUUAGGAAGCUCAUCCCAAGCACAUUUCAUAUGAGGGAUGAGUUCUCUUGGCUACCAAAAAAAUCUGGCGUGUAUUCCACCAAAUCAGGCUACACUCUAAGAUCAACACGAUCGGGGCCCCGGAUGUUCCCUUCAACUGGAACCAAUGUUAAAACAUCCCCAAAUCUAAAAACCUUCCUCUGGAAGUUGAAGAAUAGAGCCCUCCAUGUGGGGGAAACGCUGGCAAUGAGGGGCAUUACUGUGGACAGCUCAUGUAAGAAAUGCGGAGCAAUAAAAAAUGAAUCUCAUAUCCUGCUUCAUUGCUCCUUUUCAGUUCGCGUAUGGGAUUCCAUCCCAGCUUUGCACAAGCCCCCGCCAUCCACCCCGACCUUCAUUUCGGACCUGCUACAGAGCUGUCGGUGUAUGAUCAAUCUUCCACAAGUUGGGUUCUCUUCCACGCCAUUUUAUCCAUGGAGCUACACAGCAGAAGAAGUGGCUCGCAAGUCAAUCAGGAUUGAUAAAACACGGGUUGCCCCUCUGCCGAUCAGAUCGCGUUACCAAAAGAAAUCCUUUCCAUCGGAUAUCAAUUGCUUUGUGGAUGCAGCUUGGAAUCCGACAUCAGGAAUCUGUGGUCUUGGAUGGAUCUUCAAGACAGGAUCAGAGGCCCUCCUCCGCCAAAACUCUGCAUGUCGGAGCUGUGUUGAUUCGGCCUUUGUGGCGGAAGGACUUAGAUUAAAAUCUGCUCUUCUCGAUGCAGUCUCUUCGGGUAUUAGAGCUCUGAACUGUUUUUCAGACUCUAAAAAUCACAUCACUCUUCUCACAGGCAAUGGCAAUACCGUCGAGAUCCAAAGAAUCCUCCACGACAUUCGCGUGUUGAGCAGCUUCUUUGAUUCUAUCUGUUUUUCUUUUGUGCUCCGUUUAAACAAUGUUUCAGCCGAUUUGGUUGCUACAGAGGCCUUUGCCCAGGCCCAAACUACUCCCUUUGUGGAGAUGUAA